AUGGACGACACAAGGCGUUCAACACGCAUAAAGUGGUCCAAGAGAAGUCCGACGCCAGAAGAAGAGAUCCUUUCCAGCGAAAGGGGUACAAACUCGACAGGACUUACCGUCCUCCCAGACGAGCUCCUGCUCGAAAUCCUGUCUUAUUACCCUCCUUUACCCCAUCCUACGAGCAAGAAUAAUCGCGUGAAUGCGCAAGCACAUAUAGAGCGUCGCGACCGCCUCCUGGCGCUUUCCAGGACGUGCAGCAACCUCCGCCGGUUCUUUCGGCCAUACAUCUGGGAGCGUAUCGAAGUCUGCGAGGGGAUGCGCGUCGGGAACAGCGUGCUGGCCUUUGGGUCGAAGAAAGGCGACAAGGAGUUCGCGGUAGAACUCGUAAGACAGCUGGAAAUCGUGACGAUUCGCGAUGCGACCCUCGCUCAGCACGUCAAGAUCGUCAAUGUCGAUAUUUCAACUUUUUCGGUUCACAGCGUCCUGCUGGAACUUGGCCGUUGCAUGGCGCUGUUUGACAACCUCCACACUGUGAGGAUAGAGCUGAACCUCGGCCAUCGUGGAAACAACCUCGCAGCCCUUCGCGCUUUUAGGAAGUAUAGCUACCCGCAAAUUCGCAAUGUCAUCAUCUCAAAAUGGAUAUACCCCCUACUUGAUUCCUGCCCACAAGUCAGGACCAUACGGCAAUGCGGCAAUGAUCGAGACAAUGCGUUUGAACGCACUCUCUUCAGCCAUCUACGCAACACUCCUGUUCUCGAGGUCCUCGACCUCGACCUCCUUGAGGAUGAGUUUGAACCUCUGGUGAAGUCCUGCCCUCUGCUUCGAGAAAUUACUAUUGGAUACUCUUAUGGUAUCCCUGUGGAACAAUUUUCGAAAUUGGAUGAGCUCAAGCAUUUACAAAGCAUAACGCUCAGGACCGGAGAGGCUGGGGCUCUAGCUUGGGCGAAAAAACACCUGCUUUCAAUCCAGAAUGCAGAUAAGCAAGAGAAAACCAUUUUUGCAUCCGAAUCCUGGAGACAGACUGCCUACCAUCUGCCAGCACCGCUGCCCGACAAACACAAUACAAUCGCUUCGUACGUGGAACGAACCAAGCUAUGA